GCUCCAUAUUGGAUCUGCCUUUUCUUAGAAAUACAUUGCAUUGGAGGUCUCUCUGCGCAUACUGUCUAACGCUCAGCCCCCGGCAGCCGGCUCUGCUCCCCGGGCUCAGGUAUGAGGGACGCAGCCGACACACCGCGCUGUCACCAACAAAUGUUCCUGAGAGCUUUGUUUUACACACCGGCGUCAUUCCCACUGCUUUUAACGGGGCCGAGAAAUUAGGUUAGAGGCGCACCUGAGGAACGGAGUGAAAAGUGGCAUGCAGGCUGAGAAAGAAAUAAUUGGAUUGAGAUAACGCCAUACAGACAUGAUGUUCACACUCACUGAGGUUGCGUCCUUGAACGACAUCCAGCCGACGUACCGCAUCCUAAAGCCAUGGUGGGAUGUCUUCAUGGACUACCUGGGGCUGGUCAUGCUCAUGCUGGCCAUAUUCGCCAUGACCAUGCAGAUCACCAAGGACCAGGUGGCCUGUCUUCCGUGUCUGGAGGAGACGGAGGAGAGCUCAGGAGCCAAAACUAACUCGUUCCCCCAGCAGACCACACAGGCAGCUGCCUCAUCAGCAGCCACCGAGACCCCCGUCGUAUCCUCCACCCCCCUAGUCACUAAGGACUUACCGGACGAAGCUGUCCAUGAGAUACACGUCACACACCAACACACAUCUGUGGCAGAGAAAUAUGCCAAUCAACCUCAACCAACAGGGGUAAAAACCAACCUGGACUAUCAACAAUAUAUCUUCAUCAACCAAAUAUGUUACCAUGUUGCCUUGCCCUGGUAUUCCAAGUACUUUCCAUACCUCACCCUCAUCCACACCCUUGUUCUCAUGGUCAGUAGCAAUUUCUGGUUCAAAUACCCCAAAACGAGCUCAAAGAUUGAGCAUUUUGUUUCUAUUCUGGGUAGAUGUUUUGAGUCUCCCUGGACGACAAAGGCUUUAUCUGAAACGGCUUGUGAGGACUCGGAGGAGAACAAACAGAGGUUGACCGGCACCUCCUCAGCACCAAAGCAGGUGUCUUUAGAGGGCAAGGAUGAUGGCACAAAUGUCAACUCAUCCACACCCAUGCUCGGGGUGAAGUUCUCUGCGGAUAAGCCCAUCGCAGAGGUGCCAAGUAGUAUGACAAUCCUGGACAAAAAAGACGGGGAGCAGGCUAAAGCCCUGUUUGAGAAAGUAAGAAAAUUCCGAGCUCAUGUGGAGGACAGUGACUUCAUCUAUAAGCUUUAUGUAGCACAGACGAUUGUCAAAACGGUCAAGUUUAUUUUGAUAUUAUCCUACACUUCAACCUUUUUUGCUAAAAUUGAUUUUAAGCAUAAUUGCGAACCUGAUAUUAAACAGCUCACGGGGUACAAAAAGUUCUUCUGCACGCACAACAUGGCCUUCAUGCUAAACAAGCUGCUCAUUAGCUACAUGACUUUGAUUUUGAUCUACGGGAUGACUUGCGUGUACUCUCUCUUCUGGGUGUUUCGACGACCCCUGAAAGAGUACUCAUUCGAGAAGGUCCGGGAAGAGAGCAGCUUUAGUGACAUUCCUGAUGUCAAAAAUGACUUUGCAUUCCUCUUACACAUGGUUGACCAAUACGACCAACUCUACUCCAAGCGCUUUGGUGUCUUCUUGUCCGAGGUCAGUGAAAACAAGCUGAGGGAGAUCAGUCUCAACCACGAGUGGACCUUUGAAAAACUAAGGCAGCUGGUGACCCGUAAUGCUCAGGACCAGCAAGAGCUUCACCUUUUCAUGCUCUCUGGUCUCCCGAAUGCAGUGUUUGACCUCACGGAUUUGGAAGUGCUGAAACUGGAGCUGAUUCCCGAAGUGAGGUUCUCUGCAAAGGUCUCCCAAAUGACCAGCCUGCAGGAGCUGCAUCUCUGCCACUGUCCGGCCAAAGUAGAGCAGACAGGCUUUGCUUUCCUGCGGGACCAUCUCCGCUGCCUUCAUGUCAAGUUCACUGACGUCGCCGAGAUCCCAACGUGGGUGUAUUUGCUGAGGAGUUUGAGGGAGCUUAACUUAAUCGGCAACUUGAGCUCAGAAAAUAACAAAAUGAUCGGUCUAGAGUCCAUGCGAGAUUUGAGGCAUUUAAAGACGUUAUGCUUGAAGAGCAACCUUACAAAAAUGCCCACCAACAUCACAGAGCUAUCGCCACAUUUGAUUAAGUUAGUGGUGCACAAUGAUGGUACAAAACUUAUGGUACUAAAUAGUCUGAAAAAAAUGACAAAUCUUAUUGAACUGGAGCUGCACAGUUGCGAACUGGAGAGGAUUCCCCACGCCAUUUUCAGCUUGACCAACUUACAGGAACUUGACCUGAAAUCUAACAACAUCCGAACCAUAGAGGAGAUCAUCAGCUUCCAGCACCUCAAGAGGCUGACGUGCCUAAAACUGUGGCACAACAAAAUUAUCACCAUACCAUCUUCCAUCGGCCAGGUCAAGUCUCUGGAGUCUCUCCACCUCUCUCACAAUAAACUUGAGACCCUGCCUCCAGCCUUGUUCACACUGCCUAAACUGAGGUACUUGGACGUGGGCCACAACUCCAUCACAGUGCUCCCUCCAGAUGUGGGUCUCCUGCACAACCUCCAGCACUUAGCCAUCAACUCUAACAAGCUGGAGGUGCUGCCCAAGCCUCUCUUCAGAUGCACCAAGCUCAAGGUACUGUGUCUGGGCAACAAUGCGCUCACCACGAUGCCAGAGGCUCUGGGUCAACUGGUCCAGCUCACUCAGCUGGAGCUGAAAGGAAACUGCCUGGACAGACUGCCCGCCCAGCUAGGAAACUGCCGCCUGCUGCGCAAGAACGGCCUGGUGGUAGAAGACCAUCUCUUUGAUGCACUGCCUGUGGAAGUUAAGGAGAGCAUAAGCCAAGAGAACAACGCGCCCUUUACGAGUGGCUUAUAGCACAAAAACCACAACUCAGAUAGGCUGACACCUCUGGUGGUUCGUAACAAGCCUGUGUAAUGGAUGUAAGAGUAGACUUUUUAUUGUAAUAUCCACAAAAAAUGAAUGCAUUUUCUUGAUUAUUUUAAUGGGCUGUCUUAGCUGCUUAUGUAACUAUACAUGGUACAGAUUGCUUUUCUUGUUGCUGAGUAUGUAUACAAUUCAGCAACGUUUUGGGAUUUAGCUUUUUCACAGCUUUGAGUAAUAAAACAUUAGAAAUUUAGCUUCUCUAUGUUAUACUCUAUAGACCAAAACAAUUUCCUUCAAUGACACAGUAUGUAGUUUUGUCAUUACUGUUUUUAGGUACUCAGGUAUAAUUGUAACCAUGGGGAACAAUCUUUUUGCCUUAACUGCUGCUAUUUUUUUACAGUGAGGGCUUUCACGAACAAAAGGCCAAAAAUGAAUAUUUCACGUUUUCACGUAAGUUUUUCAUACAGACACUGUCCAGAGAGCAAUUUGUAUGUGUUAUGGAAGAGGACACAUUGCAGCUCUUCUUUCUUGGUAGUUUUUAACUUUUGUUGAAAUUAUUUAACCUUUAUUUUCCUUGAUGUCUUGUAGCCGACAGAAUGAGUUUAGAGUUGUACAACUCAGGUGGAGACUAAGCACCAGAAAUGAACCUUUACCUUACUGUUGUAGAGAUUGUAUACUAAGGCCUAUAGUAAUUCAUUUGCACAUGCACAAACUUAAUGAUUUAAAGAUUGGUGAAUAUCCUUUGUGAUAACAAGUCAUAAGAACAACGUGAGCCGAUAAAAGGGAAAACUAUUGACUUAUCUUUUUUUAAUCAUGCUUUAAAAUUUGAAAUGUGUAAUAAAUCUGGUCACAGGUAGGACUGAUUAUUCUACAUGUCAGAACUGUGUAAUGACGACAAACAUGUCUGCCUUCAUUCUUCUCAAUGUAUUCCCAUGUAGGCCUAUAUAUUAUAUAUAUAUAUAUAUAUGUGUCGUGUGUGUGUAUGUGUGCUCUUCAGAGCUGCUGUAACAUCUCGGUGAUCCUACGCUCAAAGUUCACAGCUUUAUGGCACAAUAAAACAAGGUUUUAGAU